UGUAUAUUUGAGUUGCUGACGCUCAUUGUUCUCUCAGUACGGAAGAGAACGACAGUAACGUUUGUCACACAGAAUUUGUUCUUUUAUUUCAGCGAAACGCUUGUCAAAUGUCAUGAUGUUGGACGUCCUGCUGCUCUUUUCCAGCAUCUGUACAGCUGUUGUUGGUGGAGCUUCACAGACAAUUACUGGAUACAGAGGAGAGAGAGUUGACAUCAGAUGCUCAUAUGAAUCUGGAUAUGAAUCAGAUUCAAAGUUUUUUUGUAAAGGGGAGUGUUUCUAUGGAUCUAGAAACAUCAUGGUUGAAUCAGGAUCUCCAGCUAAAGACGAGAGAUUCUCUCUGACUGACGACACGACGGCCAGAGUUUUCACCGUCACCAUCACUGAUCUGAGACCAGAGGAUGCAGGCCAAUACUGGUGUGGUGUGAAGAAGAGUAUUACUGAUGUCUAUUCAGAGAUUAUGUUGCUGGUUAAACUGGGUCAGGACUCUCAUUCAGGGUCUGUCAUCUACAUCUGUGUUGGGUUAGUCUUCAUCAUGAUCAUCUUCCUCAUGGCGCUGAUGGUGUUGUUUAGGAAGAGAAGCAAGAAAUCAUCAAGAGUUACACAAUCAGGACUUUCCCAGCACGUCGCAGUCGGGCUGUUGCCUUUUAAUACAAGAGCAGAAACCACUGCAGAGGACAUUGACUGGAGUGACCAUAAUUAUCAGGAAAUCAGCGAGUUCCAGUGCAAGAACAGAGACACCAUCUACACUACAGCAGAAAGUCCAGAUGAUCCAACGAUCUACUCCACUGCAGAUAAUCCAGAUUCAACAGUAGAUAAACCAGAUUCAAUGAUCUACUCCACUGCAGAUAAACCAGAUGAUCCAAUGAUCUACUCCACUGCAGAUAAACCAGAUGAUCCAAUGAUCUACUCCACUGCAGAUAAACCAGAAUCAACAGUAGAUAAACCAGAUUCAAUGAUCUACUCCACUGCAGAUAAACCAGAUGAUCCAAUGAUCUACUCCACUGCAGAUAAACCAGAUGAUCCAAUGAUCUACUCCACUGCAGAUAAACCAGAUUCAACAGUAGAUAAACCAGUUUCAACGAUCUACUCCAGUGCAGAUAAACCAGAUUCAACGAUCUACUCCACUGCAUAUAAUCCAGAUUCAACAGUAGAUAAUCCAGAUAAUCCAACGAUCUACUCCAGUGCAGAUAAACCAGAUUCAACAGUAGAUGAACCAGAUUCAACGAUCUACUCCAGUGCAGAUAAACCAGAUUCAACAGUAGAUGAACCAGAUUCAACGAUCUACUCCAGUGCAGAUAAACCAGAUUCAACAGUAGAUGAACCAGUUUCAACGAUCUACUCCACUGCAGAUAAACCAGAUUCAACAGUAGAUGAACCAGUUUCAACGAUCUACUCCAGUGCAGAUAAACCAGAUUCAACAGUACAUGAACCAGAUUCAACGAUCUACUCCAGUGCAGAUAAACCAGAUUCAACAGUAGAUAAACCAGUUUCAACGAUCUACUCCACUGCAGAUAAACCAGAUUCAACAGUAGAUGAACCAGUUUCAACGAUCUACUCCAGUGCAGAUAAACCAGAUUCAACAGUAGAUGAACCAGUUUCAACGAUCUACUCCACUGCAGAUAAACCAGAUUCAACAGUAGAUGAACCAGUUUCAACGAUCUACUCCAGUGCAGAUAAACCAGAUUCAACAGUAGAUGAACCAGUUUCAACGAUCUACUCCAGUGCAGAUAAACCAGAUUGA